AACCUUCACGUACCUGUCCCUGACACAAUCCCAGAGGUGCUGCAGGGGAAAACAUUGGGACAUGGAAGCUACUCUGGGAAAUUUGGGCCCUGUGAGGGCAGCUCAGUCUCAUAGAAGCUCAUUGUGACGCUCUGUUCUGCCUGUUGUUUCCUCAGCGUUCAGUCACCUCAGGAAGAUCCUGAGCAGGCUCAAGCCAAAAAGCCCAAAUCAGGUUAUCGCAACUGUAAGGGUAAAGAGAGAUUUGAAGAGGCUUCUGCCCUGGGGACACUUCCAGCCAGGGCAGCAAAUAAGCGCAGGAGGGCUCCGGUCAGCAAUGCAGGACCAAGUGCAGAACCUGCACAAGAGACUCCGCUCACUGCUGCUGACCGAUUGUCUCGUAGACCCGCAGAUUGUGAGGAGGAUAUAGAAAUGCUGCAAGUCGACAAAAUGCCUUGUGGAUCCAGUGCUCACCUGAAUCAAGAAGCAUUGUCCCGUUCGCAUAAGACAAUCCCUUGCUUGAGGCAUGGCAAGCACCACAUCAAACCGACUGUAGAAGAUGCCUUAACCCUGAGGCCACCCAUCAGGGAGCACGUUAUGCCGGAAUCCACAUCCUCGGAAUCUGGCAAGAUGGGGAGGCCUUCCUGUGCUGCCGAAGAGGAUGUCCGACGAGGUGAAAAGGAGAAAUACAAACAACUCUUGAAGCUAGUAAAGGAGAAGUAUCCUAGAAGCUGCCCUGCUUCUCAGUCUACAAGCUUCUACAGUGCUCAAGCCUACUCCAAGGAACCCGGGGUGAUUCCAGGUCAUUUGGGAGAACAAAGACGAAGUGAAGACCACUACCAACGUAUGACACUAAAAACCAGUAUGAAACGUGCUGAUGCUCACGGCCCACAGUUGUCCCAGAAAAAUGACACGAUCAGGUAUUACCCACCAGCAGAGAGCUCCCAUGAACACAGAAGACUAGUGAAGCAGGCCAGUGAAGGGAGACAACUUCGCUCAGAAAUCUCGGAUGAAGUGUCGUUUAAACUACAUCUGGCUCCUGUUUCAUCCAGAAAGUCAUCCACUCUUGAUGUGGAAGAGAAGAAAGUCCCAAGCUCAGAAAGAAGAGCAGAAAGUCUUUUUGUGCUCACAGAGCCCAUGGAGAGAGAAAUUAUUGCUGCUUUUGAUGAAGGCAAUCCUGAGGAAGUCAUAAGCAGUGCCUUCAAGCUGAAGGUCACCCGUGAGGACAUCCACACACUAAGGAACCUUCAGUGGCUAAAUGAUGAGAUCAUUAAUUUCUACAUGAAUCUGCUGAUGGAAAGAAAUAGGCAAGAAGGAUAUCCAGCGCUUUACGCUUUUAGCACUUUCUUCUAUCCCAAGCUUGUUGCUGGGGGCUACAAAGCAGUAAGACGAUGGACCAGAGGCAUGGAUCUGUUCAAGCAGGACCUCAUCUUAGUGCCCAUUCACUUAAGAGUGCACUGGGCACUAGUGGUUAUAGAUGUCAGGAGGAAGAGCAUCAGAUACUUCGACUCGAUGGGACAAAAGGGUGACAAGAUUUGUGGAACUUUAUUCCAAUAUCUGCAAGAAGAAAGCAAGGAAAAAAGAAAUCUGGAGUUGUCUUUUUCAGAGUGGAAUCUUCGCAGCAUGGAGUCGCAUGAAAUUCCCCAGCAACUUAAUGGAAGCGACUGUGGGGUUUUUAUGUGCAAAUAUGCAGAUUAUAUCUCCAGAGAUAAACCUAUCACUUUCACACAGAAUAACAUGCCUUACUUCCGCAGGAAGAUGGUGUGGGAAAUAAUCCAUCGGCAGCUGCUGUGACACGUGCACUAUUAGAGUAACACUGUGAUCACCAUGUGGUGACUAACUCAUUUUAAUUAUUUUUCUAAUGCCUUAUUUCAAAAGGCAACAGGCACACAAAUUUUCCUCUUUAGGCUAUAAAGUAGUGGUUUUUUUUUUUUUUUUUGGAGACAGUAACUCUCUUUGAAAUUAGCUAAUGCACCCUAAGUGCGAGACAGUUUGCUGUGCUGUUUCCCAAGGAAUGGUUAAGAACAGCUGCUAUACCUUGAAGCUCUGCUCAUGCCUCGCAGCACACGUGGGCCAGAUUACAGACAAGCAGGACUUUUAUUUGUGACGGUAACGAUUCUGGUACCAAAACUAGUCUCCAUAAGGACAAUGUGCUGUUUCUUCAAGGAGAGUUUUCUUCUGUUUCUGGAAUAUCUACGAUCUACUUGAUUCCUAAAACUGGAUUUGUGAUGACCAUAAGAAGAAAGCAUUUAGUCUUCGAUUUGUAACAAAUCCAUAGUGAAGCCCCUUGUCGUUGGGGUUUGUGGGUUUUUUUGUUUUU